AUGCACAAUCUUACAUCCAUGACUGUCUUUCUGCUGCUGGAAUUCUCAGAUGUUCGAGAACUGCAAAUCUUACACUUCUUCGUAUUUCUGAUAGUGUACUUAAUGGCAAUAAUAGGGAAUCUCCUUAUUGUUAUUGCUAUUGUGCUUGAUCAUCACCUCCACACACCCAUGUAUUUCUUUCUACUGAAUUUGGCCAUCAUGGAUCUUGGAACAGUUUCAGUCAUGGUACCCAAAUCAAUGGCGAUUUCCCUCCUAAAUUGCAGAUUUAUUUCUUAUUUUGGAUGUGUUGCUCAAGUUUUCUUUUAUUUCUUAUUUGGAACAUCAGAUUAUGCUCUGCUAACUAUAAUGGCACAUGACCGUUAUGUAGCCAUUUGCAAUCCCCUCCACUAUGAAACAAUUAUGCACAAAGGAGCCUGCAUUCGAAUGGUAGCCAUUGGGUGGAUUAUUAGCCUUCUUAAUGCCAUAUUACACACUGGGGGCACAUUUGCCAACAGGUUUUGUUCUAAUUCUAUCAAUCAAUUCUUCUGUGAAAUCCCAAAAUUAUUGAAGCUCUCCUGUUCUAACUUUUACUUAGUGGAAGUUGGAUUUAUUGUGCUAAGCUGUAGUAUAGGACUUGGUUGUUUCAUUUUCAUCAUCAUAACAUACAUGGAGAUCUUUUCUACAGUGCGCAAAAUCCCUUCUGUCCUUGGUAAGAAAAAAGCCCUUUCCACUUGCCUCCCCCACCUCACUGUUGUCUCUGUGUUUCUGUUCACUGCAGUGUUUGCUUAUACAAGGCCUCCCAGUGAAGCUUCUUCUGAUCUAGAUAUAGCGUUUGCUGUGAUGUACUCUAUAAUUCCUGCCACAUUGAAUCCAUUCAUCUAUAGCAUGAGAAACAAAGAGAUCAAGGCUGCCUUGUGGAAUCUCUUAGAUGUAGGGCAUUCUUCUAAAAUCAUAUCCAGAAUUCUAUAA